GGGGAUUGGCAGCCGCGUGUUGAAGAUGGAGAGCGUGUUGAAGAGGGAGCUGAACACAGCUCGUCUGAAGGGAUUCGGAUACUCAGGGGGUGGGUGUAUUAGCCAAGGGCAGAGUUAUGAAACGGAUUCAGGAAGAGUGUUUGUCAAAGUCAAUCACAAAAGCCAGCGGGUCCUCAUUGAAGGAGAGACUUUUUCAGGAUCAGCAAGCCUUUGCUAAGGCCAAAAAAAUGUUUGAUGGUGAAAUGGAAAGUCUGGAGGCCAUUUUGAAAACAAACACUGUUAAAGUGCCACAGCCAAUUAAAGUGAUCAGUCUGUCAGAUGGUGGGUCAAUGUUUGUUAUGGAGCAUUUGGACAUUCACAGCUUAAACAGAUACAUGGCUAAACUAGGAGAGCAACUGGCAGAUCUGCAUCUUCAUAAUGCAAAACUUAAAGAGCAGCAACAAAGAAAUGCACAGACUGUUGGCAAGGGGCCAAGUCAGUCUGAUAUCCAGUAUAUGGACAAGUUUGGAUUUCAUACUGUAACUUGUUGUGGUUACAUUCCACAGAAUAAUGACUGGCAGGAUGACUGGGUAAAUUUCUUUGCUCAGCAACGUCUUCAGCUCCAGAUGGAUUUAAUUGAAAAAGAAUAUGGAGACCGUGAAGCCAGGGAGCUCUGGUCAAAGCUCCAGUUGAAGAUACCUGCUCUAUUUCAUGACAUAGAAAUUACACCAGCUCUCCUUCAUGGAGACCUUUGGGGAGGAAAUGUUGGACAAGUAGAUGAUGGGCCAGUCAUUUUUGAUCCUUCAUCUUUCUACGGCCACUCUGAGUAUGAACUUGGAAUAUCUGGAAUAUUUGGAGGGUUUAACUCUUCCUUCUAUAAAGAAUAUCAUAAUAAAAUUCCCAAAGCCCCUGGGUUUGAGAAGCGACAUAAACUUUACCAGCUCUUCAAUUACCUGAAUCAUUGGAAUCAUUUUGGGACAGGGUAUCGAGGGUCUUCAAUUAGUACGAUGAAAGCUUUGCUUAAGUAGUGAUAUUAAUGACAAUACCAGUGUUGUGUCAAAUGGUAGUGAAUUAAUCUAUUAUUUUUGCUUGAAAAUAUCUUUAAAUACCUACCUUUGAAGAAACUAAUAUUUGAAGAUAUUGAAUAUUAAAAAAUUGACUGUCCGCUAUUGCAUCAGAUAUUAGAACAUAACAAUUGAUGAUAAUUUCAGUAAUUUAAAGUAUUUAUUGCAUUUUUGUCUUAAUAUCUUCCGUAUUAUCCUGUAUACCUUGAUAAAUGAAUGACAACUUGUAGAUUUUAGAAAAAGACUAAAUCAUUAACAUUGUUUGAAUCAAUGAACAAAAGUAGAAACACAUGACUGAAAGAUUGAAAAUGUGAGAAUUCGCAUUCAAAAUACUAUUAAAUAUGUGUAUCUAGAGGACUUCUGUUAGAAAAUUUACUCUAUUGUAAAAAAAAAAGGUGUUGACUCAAUUAAACAGCAAAAAUUGUAUGCAAAUAGUUCUUUUUCUAUGUAUAAUGUAUCUUAAACUGCUUCACUGUGGCACAUUUUAAACUAUUGUUUACAGACUUCGAAAACAGCAUUUUGGUCGCACUUUAGCUUUUCAUUAAGAGAAUUGUUUUCUUCUGAUUUCCAAGUGCUUUCAGAUAGUUUUUCUAAGUUUAUAACCUUCUAGAGGGGAAAAAGUGGAAUGCAUGAAACUAUGGAAUCUCAUAUGGGAAACUAAAUUAUACUUUGCCUCUGUAUUGCUAUUCUGUAUCACGUAUGUAUUUGCCCAGUUAUGCAACUACCCAAAUUGCCUUAAUGGCUCUUUGCAUUGACCUCAUAAUUCCUUGUGCUAUCAGCAAGCUUCAGUUCCCUUGUACAAGUUAUUUGAUGGUUAUUGUUAGUAGCUGGGGCCCAAGCACUGAUCAAAUACUGGUUUGCCUGUCAAUCUUCCUGAAUUGGCUUUUUUUCCCAUUUUUGAUGAUUGGGGUCGGUGUUUAAUACCUUAUUGUAGCGGUGUGCUACACGCAGCGCUGAAAUAACAACACGGAGUCGGUAAACUGCAGUUACUUUGAAUUCCAUGUGCUUGCUGUCCGCUGGGGGAGACAGUAUGAACUCCUCAACCUGGGCCGCUGUGUCCUGGUCGAGGGAGCUCACCACGUAGUAAUGACGUGUGUCCUCUGAGGUUAUCCGCUGAACGUGGAAUUGGGCUUCUGCUUGCUGGAACCAUAGGUGAGGUCGCAGCGUCCAGAAGCUUGGCAGUUUCAACGAAACUGCAUGAACAGAUGUGGCGUUGUUCAUCUCUGGUCCAAAUAUCGUUUGGACCGUCGGGGUCACCAAUUGUAGCGGUGUGCUACACGCAGUGCUGAAAUAAUGACAUGGAGUCGGUAAACUGCAGUUAAAGAAGAUUUUAUUCGAACUUUGCAGCUUCGCUUUAAAGCCUCCCUGAUCCCACCCUCCCCGGAGGCACGUACUCACAGUCCCGCGCGAGCUUUUCCCUUUGUGAAGCAGACCUGGUGCCCUUUUGGUGCCUUUAUGCUGGCGCGCUGGCUAUUUGUGAGCGAGUUCGAGUGCGCUAGGAAGUGGGUGGCCACAUUAUGUUAUUAAAUUUAUAAAACUAUAAGUCCUUUAAAUUAGAAAACAAAUAUAAAAGAAAUUGGAAAUUUAAGCAGAAAAGGAAAUUAGACUUUAAUUAAUCUAAGUAAUAAAAGGUAAUAGUGAAAUUAUAAGGAUGCAGUUUAUGAGGGUCUCAAUUUGGAGUAUUGUAUAGAAUAUGACAGUACCUAUUUCACUGGAGCAUUUGCCUAAGUUGUUAUGCCCUAUGUUCUGGCAAGUAACUCAAAGCCUGAUCUUUAGUCUCAGAGUUGCAAGUGCUGGCCAUUCAAUCUUUUUGGCUGAUUGGACAAAAUACAUUCUUUGUGAUUAAUUGUGUUUUUCUUCUGUGAUCUGCUUACCGCUAAAGGAAACAAAGUUUUUUUUUAGCCAUUUAACUGUGAUUUCUCUGUUUUCAGGAUUUCAAACAGCACUUCCUUCCAUUAGUUAUUCUUGAUUUAGACACAUUUUUAUAUCCUGGAGUAAAGUGAUAAAGCACUAA